CUUCAGUUAGAAACAUCUGCUGGGAAACCAGGUGAGAAGCGCUCAUUAUUUCCUUCAUUAUAUUGAAUCAACUCCCUUCUGCACACCUUUUAAUAAAAAAAUUAAUUAAAAAAAAACGUUCACCAUAGCAGCAUUUCAGGAACCCGACUCCGGACAGCAGCAAACAAACACAAUCUACAGAUGAAUUGCAACGACGGGGCCGAGGUGGGGCAGUUUACGGGGAAGCGCCGAAGGCAGCGGGCCGGGUGAGGACGCCGCCCACUGUGGUUCGCGGCAUUGAACGCAACGCGUCGGGGAUGUGCUAAGUCAGUCAACGAGGGCUGAAACUACGACUAGUUUGUUUGUUUCUCACGUGCCGAGUUAACGGGCAGCCUCCCCUGCUAACUAGCUUUAGUUGUCCUUUGCGUACGGUGACUAGAAGGUUAUAUCCACAGAGCAGGUCCGCGUGAGUUGUUUCUUUGUUCUCCGCCUGGGUAAAUAGACUCGCCUGCUGUUGUUGUUGUUGUCGUUCUGGCCUGCUACAUGCUACAUGCUACAUGCUACACGCUACACGCUACACGCUAGCCUAGCUUAACGUGCGGUAGCCUCACCACCAGCUGGUUCCCGGAGCGCUACUCUCUCCUCACACACCCACGGACGACAGGCGACAGGGGGACAUGACAAACCUGGGCAGCGAACUCUGACGGUCCGAGCUGUCGCUUCAAAAUUUUGUGUGUUUUCAGGGCAAGGUGUGUUCUUCCUCAACUAUGACAGCCUCCACUCAGUGACGUCUCACACCCACCAACAAGAAUGGAGCUGUACUGGUACAUAGUCGUCAUCAUAUUCAUCAUCAUCAAGAUAUUCUUCUACGUGUGCUGGUACCGAUCGAGACAGAGGCAACUGUCGGCUUACCUGAGCAACCCGCGCAACGCUCAGAUAGUCAUCGUGGGAGGAAGGGCCUACCUGCAUCAGAUGUGUGAGAGACAGAGUCAAACAUCAGUCUGGCCCAGUUGGUAUGGUGUCCAGGACGAACUGUCUAUAGAAGAGCCGUCCACAGCUCUGCCCCCAGCAGUGUCCGUCUCCCACCUCGACAUGCCACCACCAUAUGAGGCCGUCUCUGGAGAGGACAAUCUGAAGCCCCCUCCCUACAGCGAAUGCGCUCUCGGGGAUGAGGCUGACGCUCCGUGUCCCUCUCAUUGCACUCCCCUCAUUUCCGACGAAGGCGACUCGUCCAGCAUGAACGAAGCCCCGCCGCCCUACACAGCGUCCGCCAUCACACAAGUCUGUGUGCAGGAGGGCCCCGUGAGCCACAAUGUAAUCCAAGGGGGCCGGGGCCACUGCCUGCUCCGGUGUCUCUGUGAUGACAGGGAUAAGCGAGGAUGACUGAAUGUCACGGAGGAAGGAUGAGCCACCUGGUGCAGGCAGCCUGCGUGGGCCCGAUUGCUCGUCUGCCGUCCCAAACAACGACAACAACUUCCCUAGUCUCUCUGCGAAAAGACGCCUCCUCCCUGGCGCCCGAGGAACUGAGAGGACCGCCGUUGCCGUUUAUCAGCUUAGUGGGAAUUUACAUUUUAAUUGAAAUACCAAUGUUUGAGCCAAACUGUACUUGCUAGGCAAUCGGAGCCCCUUAAGAGAAGCGCUGAGGAUGACAGGCCGUCAGAGUUGCUCACGUCGCCUGUGAACAGAACUCAACUUCAUGUGCCAAAGAUUGCCCAUGCUGUCAUCACCAGGAAAUGCUCUCGGAUCGCGAGCGUGCAGCAAUAUCACAAAACUACAGCUGGGCUCAGUGUGUACGAGCGCCCGUGUUUACACAUCAGUCGUUUGUAUUUUAAUGACUUUGAACGUGCCAGGAUUUUUUCAUGCUUCCAUUGCCAGAGAUAUACUUGGGAGUGUAAAGACAGCAGGGAAUUAGAGUUGGGCUCAAGGUGUGUGUGUGUGUGUGUGUGUGUGUGUGUGUGUGUGUGUGUGUGUGUGUGUGUGUGUGUGUGUGUGUGUGUGUGUGUGUGUGUCUGUGUUCUCACAUCACUCACAGAUCAGUGCUCUAUCAUUCUAAUUAGGACGGACGCGUCCACUCCAACACCGUCUUUGAUGUACGAUGUCCGCCAACUCUGAGAGUCUGUCUAAUAAGAUAUGAGAUAUAUAUAUAUAUAUAUUUUUUUUUUAAGAUGUGAUUCGUCAGCAGCACCUGUCUUUGUUUCGCCGAGUCGACCUUUUACAUCUGUUUGGAAUAUUAUAUCAGACAAUGUGGGGGCGCACACUGCGGGCGCACAGUUAAUUUUGCAAUGCCUUGUGGGUUUCUGGUGUAUAUAUUAUUUUUUUGUUCUUGUUUUGUAUCAACAGAUCUCUGGAGGGCUCAAACAUAUUUGAGGAAGUAAAGUAAAGUUUUUCUUUUGUCUUUGUAUCUUAAUAUAUUUUCUUAAACUGGAAA